ACAACCUUUUUUUUUGAUGUCUUAGGCCGACGAGAGCAACAGCAGCGGGCAGAGGAGCUCCUCCAGCAGGGAGUGUUUGAAGAGGAGCCCACAGAGCCCGAAAGCAGAGGGCUCCGACUCGAUGACAUCUCAGUCCUCACCCAGUGAAGAGGCUGGAAUGAUGACUGAGGUGAAAGUGAAAACAGAGGUACCAGAUGACUACAUUGAAGAGGUGAUCUGGCAGGACGACACCAAAGAUUCCAAGAACAACAUCAAAGAUGGGCCGGGAGAUGUGCCCGCGGAGAUCUGCGUGGUCAUAGGUGGGGUCCGCAACCAGCAGACGCUCGAUGGAAAAGCAGUGGAACGUGGCUCUCCUGUUGGAUAUACACGAAAUCGAUAUUCAGGGACGUGGAUUUUUGACCAUGCAUUGAGAUACACAGCCGGGUCUUAUGAGUGUGGAAUAUGUGGGAAGAAAUACAAGUAUUACAACUGUUUCCAGACCCACGUGCGAGCACACAGAGACACCGAAGCUGCCUCAGGGGAAGGAGCCUCACAAGGCAGUGCCCCUCUGGCUGCGGAAAGGGAGAAGAAGCCUCUCUCCAGAGCUGUCUUUGUGCUGCCCUGGGUGGAAUCCACAGAAACAAACAAUUUUAGGUAUACAUGUGACAUUUGUGGGAAAAAAUAUAAAUACUAUAGCUGCUUCCAGGAGCACAGAGACCUGCACGCCGUGGAUGUUUUUAGUGUGGAAGGGGCCCCAGAAAACCGGGCAGACCCCUAUGACCAGGCCGUCAUCGCCGCCGACGAGGUCAAGGAGGAGGAGCCGGAGCCGUUCCAGAAGAUUGGGCCAAAAACUGGCAAUUACACCUGUGAGUUCUGUGGGAAGCAGUACAAGUACUACACUCCCUACCAGGAGCACGUGGCCCUGCAUGCUCCCAUCAAGUUCUCUCGAUCUCCACUCUUCGUGGCAGUGAAGACCCAGACGAGCCAGUCCAGCAAAAAGUCUCCGGCGUCCCUAAACCGCUGUUCCGGCCUCCUGCACCGCACCCCCUCCGGGGUCCCGCCCGCCUCCCAGUCCCAGAUGUUCCGCACUCCAAAUUCCGGAUCCCCAGGAAGCAAGGCCAUCACAGCAGAAAGUGCUUUCAGCAGAAGAGUGGAAGGCAAAGCGCAAAACAACUUUGAAGAAACAAACAGCAAUUGCCAGAACUCCAGUGCUGGUCAUUCGGGGACAGAAAAACCUAAAGAAAAGAGGUGUAAGCAGAACCCAUCAGAGCCUUACACCUGUGGAGCUUGUGGAAUCCAGUUCCAGUUUUAUAACAAUCUCCUGGAGCACAUGCAGUCCCACGCAGCUGACAAUGAGAACAACAUUGCCUCCAGCCAGCCCAGGUCACCUCUCCCUGUGGUUGAAGAGAAGUGGAAACCACAGCUCCAAAGAAAUAAUGCCAACAACACAUCCGCGAGCGGCUCCAUGGGGAACAGCGCGAUCCCGGAGAAGGAGCGGCAGAACAUCGCCGAGAGGCUGCUGCGGGUGAUGUGCACUGACCUCGGGGUGCUGAGCGUGGUGAGCGGGAAGGAGUUCAUCAAGCUGGCACAGACCCUGGUGGACAGUGGGGCUCGCUACGGUGCCUUCUCUGUCACCGAGAUCCUGGGCAAUUUCAACACACUGGCUCUGAAGCAUUUGCCUCGGAUGUACAACCAGGUGAAGGUGAAGGUCACCUGCGCCCUGGGCAGCAACGCCUGCCUGGGCAUUGGGGUCACCUGCCACUCACAGAGCGUCGGCCCCGACUCCUGCUACAUCCUGACCGCCUACCAGGUGGAGGGCAACCACAUCAAGAGUUACGUCCUGGGAAUUAAGGGUGUAGACAUUCGAGACAAUGGUGAUUUUAUCCACCACUGGGUGCAGAAUGUGCUGUCGGAGUUUGUCAUGUCGGAGAUCAGGACGGUGUAUGUCACAGACUGCAAAGUCAACUCCUCGGCGUUCUCCAAGGCGGGCAUGUGCCUGCGCUGCUCGGCCUGUGCCUUGAACUCGGUGGUACAGAGUGUGCUCAACAAGAGAACACUACAGGCUCGCAAUAUGCACGAGGUGAUCGAGCUCCUGAAUGUCUGUGAAGAUCUGGCGGGAUCCACGGGCCUCUCGAAGGAGACCUUUGGCUCCUUGGAAGAGACCUCUCCCCCGCCCUGCUGGAACUCAGUCACCGACUCCCUCCUGCUUGUCCACGAGCGCUACGAGCAGAUCUGCGAGUUCUACAGCAGGGCCAAGAAGAUGAACCUCAUCCAAAACCUGAACAAGCACCUGCUCAGCAACCUGGCAGCCAUCCUGGCUCCGGUGAAACAGGCCGUGAUCGAGCUGAGCAACGAGAGCCGGCCCACCCUGCAGCUGGUCCUGCCCACCUACGUCAAACUGGAGAAACUGUUCACUUCCAAAGCUAACGAUGCUGGCGUGGUCAGCAAACUCUGCCACCUCUUCUUGGAGGCGCUGAAGGAGAACUUCAAAGUUCACUCAGCACACAAGGUAGCCAUGAUCUUAGACCCUCAGCAGAAGCUGCGGCCCGUCCCGCCAUACCAGCAUGAAGAGAUCAUUGGCAAGGUCUGUGAGUUGAUCAAUGAGGUGAAAGAGUCCUGGGCAGAAGAAACAGAAUUUGAACCUUCAACCAAGAAGCCUCGUGCAGCAGGGGAAGCCACAGCAGCUCAGGAAGAAGAUUGGUUCGGGAAAAAUGAAGUCUAUGAUUAUUUGCAAGAACCUCUCUUCCAGGCCACCCCUGACCUGUUUCAGUACUGGUCGUGUGUUACCCAAAAGCAUACAAAACUAGCCAAGCUGGCCUUUUGGCUCUUAGCAGUGCCUGCUGUGGGUGCCAGGAGCGAAUGUGUAAAUAUGUGUGAGCAGGCUCUCUUGAUCAAAAGGAGACGGCUACUCAGUCCAGAAGACAUGAACAAACUCAUGUUUUUGAAGUCCAACAUGCUUUAAGACUGUCUGUUAAUUAAAACAAAACUUUAAAACACUGUUCCAAACAAAGAAAAAGAAUUUUAAGUUCUAAACACUGUGGACCUCAUUAUGAAUGCCCCUGGAAACCAAGUGCUUUUUUAUAUAUAUAUAAAAAUAUAAAUAUAUAUAAAAUUAAGUUUGAAAGGAAAGCUGAGCAUGGGAGAGAGACAGCCCUCUGCCAGGAACGUGCUCCUUUCCAUAGAUAGUGUGUGGACUUGACAGACUUUCUAAUGUUUUCAAGUGGGCAGACGAAUGGGAGGCUGAUGUUCUAAAGUCUUCAGGCAGCUGAGAUCUAAAGUGACUUGAAGUUUCUUUUGUUUCUCCUCCACCCCACCUUUCCUCUUGUCCCCUGGGCCAUCUUGCCAUGGAUAAUCAGACUCCAUUGAACAGACCAGUUCUGCACUGGACUUUGCUCCUUUGAAUAACUGUACACCUUGAGGGCACUUGGCUGAGGCCUUCCUGGCACCUGGUGCACGUAUCAGGGCAGCUGUGUUCUACCAACACUGGGACCUUUAGAAAUCAGGGAAGGGAGACUUGAAGGUUUUUGGGUUUUAAUUUUAUUUUUAUCCUUUUCAUGUAUGCUUUUUUCCAAAAAACCAAAAGUUACUCUUCUGCCUCCACUCCCAGUUUUGAGUUUAAUGUGGUAGCUAGUGAUUAUAAGUUUGAUUUCAAACUAAGAGAAAUGGUUUAUGGCAGAAAAUGUCUGUCAUUGUAAAGUUUCUUGGCUUUAUUUUUCUACAGCAGAACUUCUUUUCUGAAUUCCUGGUGUUAAUUAGCUUUUCUGUGAAUUUUGUGCAUCAGGCAUUCUCAGACUUGUUCUAGAGUAGCCCAUUUGCAAUUAAAUAGUAUCCUUAUGGGAACCACAGCAGUUGUUUAUACAGAAAAGCCUAGAAACCAGGAAAAGUGGUGACAGCACAGAUGGCUGUGGGCCACUAGUGAGCUUGUCAGGUCUGCCAGAGAACCGUUUUACCUGAACUUUUUUGUUUAAAAGUGUCUCAGUUACACACAAACCAACUUUCCCAAUGCCAAGGACAAACCAAGGUGUAUGAUUUUUCAGGGGAACAAAGCUCAUUAGUUUUGUCAAACUGGGGUUUGAAGGAAGCUUAGAGAAGUGCAUGGGCUCAAAGAUCCUUCUGAAUGUAAGUGCUCCUGAUUGAGUGCAAAGAAUAUCUUCCCAUUUUUAUUUGGAAUGGUUUCCUCUAGUGGCACGAAUGUCUUUUUGAUACCUACAGUGCAUUACACUACUUGUUCUGUUGCUGACUCGUUCUAGCUGGGAAGGCCAUGGGCCCUGAAACGUUCCCACGUCCUGGCUCACCCCAAAUGCAAUUGGAGAUGAUCAUAACCCAGAGCCAUCUCAGUCACUCUGCUGUCCCCCAGGGCCAGUGCUCUGUGGUGUUUCCUGCCCACAGGCACAGCUCCUGCAUCUCUGUCAGGUUUGGUGCCUCUUGGACAAUUCCCAGCCUCUGGUGCCAAACUGUUUUUCACCACUGGGACUGAUAUCCUGGAGGAGAAUGGAAGCCAAUUGUGAUUUUUUCAGUAGUCUCUCCUGCUUCCAGGAGCUGCAGUCCCAGUGCACAGGAGGGUCAGGAGGAGGGACUGGCUCAGCUGGAGCCCCUCAGCAGCACGAGGUGUUUGCUGGUGGCUGACAACGUAGGGGGGAAGAUUGGGGGGCCUCUUUGACGUGCUGCUGUUGACCAGAUGUUAAACCAAGAUCCCACCUGCCCAUCUCUGGCUGUAAGACAAGUUGCACGUUCCAAGACAUGAGAAAUAGCAACCCAAAUCUCUCAGGCUUUGUGUGCAGAUGCCCUGAGCCUCUCAGGCACUGACACCUGCACUGGCACGGGACUCAGGGACACAGUUGGGGUGCUGGAAUCUUCCCCAGCCCAGGGUCACUGAGGAUAGCUCUUGGCACCCAGCUGUCUUCCAUUGGCUUGAGUCUGGGUUGACCUCUUGGCACUGUUACUGGCAUCAGGGCAAAACCAGGUGUCUCCUGAAUGUUAAGUCUUGCCUGUGGACAUCAUACAGCCUGCCACCCCACUGCCAGCUGCACGUGAAGAGGACCUGCCAAGGCAAAGGCACUUGGGCAUCUGAUUUCCCUGGCAGUGGCUAAUGGAGGUGUUGGUUAUAGGGCCACCUUUUCUUCUUGCUGGUUUUCUUUUCUCCUCUACAACUCCUACCUGCCCAGCCACCAGCUGGGCCCGUGGUGACACAGCUCUUGGCACUUUUGUGGCAGGAGAAGCCUGUUUGAGACAAAAAUGAAGUGUCAAACAGAAGCCCUAAGUGAGAUUCGUGCCACUGACAGUGAGCUGUGUGAGCUGCUGGGCCCACAGGUACCUGACAGCAUGAAAACUUGUCUAGAGGAUGAUUCCAAAGCAGGAUUAGCUUUGGAGGCACAGAGUGUGUACCACACAGCUCAUCUGGUGGCACAAGGACCAGGAUUUGUAGUUAUUUCUCCUAAUGGCAUGUUACACCUUUUUGUGUGGUUCAUCAGAGACCCUGAGAGCUCCCAGGCUCUUUGAUGCUCAGGGGAAUGUGCAAAGUCCUUAUAUUCCUUUGGAAAGGCAGUUCCAGCCCCCAGCACUCCUUUGCAAGGGAUAGAUGGAUGACUUCAGUGGGAUUUGCCAGCUGGGGCUCAUUGUACUCUCUUAUCUGUGAGGCCUUGAGGGUGGGAAGCAGGCAAAGCAGAGUUAGCAUGGGUGUAAAGCCCUGGCAUUGAGAAUUGGGUAAAUUGCAGUCCUCUGUGCCCAGCACAUGGAGCAGGACCAUGGCUGCAUAGCCACCCUGACCUCCCAGCCAUCUCUCCUUUCCCUCCUCACACUGUGGUUUUGGCACCAGGUCUGGAGUUUUCUUGCUGUGCUGACCAAAGAGAGGGAUGGCCUGGCCCUCUCCCCCAUCCCGAUAACUGUCCUCUCCAAGGCAACUUGGGCUGUAGUUGCACUAAUGAUGGGUGUUAAGCAAACAUGCCGUGGUGUCGGGUAGAUGCCAUUCUCCCAAAGACUAAAAAUCUCAGCUGAAAAAGCAAGAUGGAACCUAAGACCUGAAUUGGAGCAAUCUCCUCCAGAACUCAGACUAAGAAGCUGUAGCUUUUCAUGACUCCUAAGCGUGGUUACUGGGUGUUCAGCUCAGAGGAGCUGCUCAUGCUGUGUCUGCUCCCAGGCUCCCUUCUGUCUGGUACUCUAGACUUAAUUAAAAGCAGAGAAAUACAUCUGUAGCACAGGUAUUUACCCUAAAUGCCAAGCUUUUGCUUCUGUUCCUCCUUCCAUCUUCAAGGCUUGGAUUUGCAUUCUAGGGAGCAAAAAUACUUUACCAAGGUCUGAGUUCUGGAAGCUCUUCUUUGCCAGGUUGCUCCAAUGCAAACUGCUCUGUUCGUGCUCUGUGAUGCCUCGGGAUGUGGAGCAGCACAUGCUGUAGGGAGCACUUCCCAUCCUGGGCUGGGAGGCUGCAUAGAAGAGACUGAUUUUGGCCAGAGCUGUCAUAAGGUUCUGCCCCCUUUGAGCUGGGAGAAGUCCCCAAAACGGAUCAUCCUCUGGUAGGUCAUGUUGGGAUUUUGCCUUCUGCUUCUUGGUUUCCUUUACUCACACUAGAGAAAUGUGUUGGGAUACGGAAAUGGGGGGGGGCAUCCAGGCAGUCACUUGUUCCUGCUGCUGACUCUGGGCCUGACCUUGCAGCCUUCUCUUUCUGACUUCCCAGCUGGCUUUGGAAGGGUUCUGACCUUCAAGCUGGGGGACAAGCACCAGCAGAUGAACUGUCAGAGUGAAGGGCCUUCCAGUCCUGUCUGAAGAUCCUUGUUACUAGAAAACAGAGUGAGAUACGGAGGCAGAGCUCUUCAGGAGAUUGUUUCUGUGUGAAUGCAGCAGCCAGAGGGCUAUGGAGCCCAGAUUUGUUUCCUGAUCUGUCCCCUCCCCAUGUCUCCAGGAGCAGGCAGUAGUUGUGGUCUGACCUGCAGGAUAGGCUUGGUGUCUUGCACCCGGGUCAGGUUCAGGUGGAAGUGAACUUUCUUUUCUGUCCAGUCUCUCUGUCUGUGCUGAGGAAACUGCUUUGGGUGUAUUUGAACUAGUGAAUCUGGAAAACUUCCUGUGAAAGCCAACGGUGGGCUCAGGUUUUGUCUAAUUCAGUUGUUCAUUCAUUGCUGUUUAAACCAGUUUAAUCUUGAGCUAAACUGGUUUGAGCAUCCACACAAAACACCUGCACUGGUUUAUCUGCGCUUGCUGGGCAGAGAACACGUCCAGCAGCAGCUCAGGGAGUCAUGACCUUUAUGUGAAUUUUGCAAAUGAAUUUGCAGCAGAUACUCUCAACGCUUGGGAAUGACUGAAAAUAGCAGGGAGAUACUUCUGGAAAUGGCUUGAGCUCUAGAGGUGAGCUCAGCUGGUGCUAAUAAUGCCAAGGUCACGGGUUUGAUCCCCGUACAGACCAUUCACUUAAGAGUUUGACUCGAUGAUCCUGGUGAUUCUGUGAUUCUAAAUGGUGGUGGUGGAGUUCACAGUGUUCAGUGAGAUGGCUCAGGGGGUGGGAUGGUUUUCCUCCAGCUGUCUGCAGUAACCCAGUUUAGCACAAUUACCACAAAUGUUUGUUUUGGUGGCUGAGUCUGCUCAGCUUCACCCAGUCUGAGGGGCCAGUUCCACUCUGGACCCUGCAGCAGCCCAUGGUGGACACUGGAGCAGGGACUGAGACAUCCUGCUGCUCUAGGAGCACCAAGUUACUGAUGAAUCAAACAACACUAAAAGAGCAGGGCUGGGAGUGCUGCUCUGUGCUAAGGAAAGGCUUGGAUCUCUCAUGGCACCUCUCUGGCUGAGGGAGAGGCAAGGAGCUCCUGUGAGCAUUCCCACAGGAAAGGACUAGUUACGCCCUAUGGAGUAGUUAGGAAUAAAGGGAUGAAAAUGAAAAGACACUAAAGACAGAUUAUUGGAAGCCUCUUCAGGGAGAAGAAAUCUAUUCACCUGGGAGGAGUUUCCUAGGGGAAUGCUUUUUGAGCUUUGUCAUUGAAAGCAAGGCUGCACAGCUCCUGGAGUUCACUCCGUGGGGAACGAGGCUGCUCUGGACCUUGCUGAGAGAAAAGGGACUGGAUGUAGGGGUGGGAAAAGCCAGUCCUGCCCAGAAGAUCUUCCUCCCCAUUCUCCCAUUCCUCAGCAGCACCAAACCCUUCCCAGCACUGCAGUAUAUCCAUCAGCCAGGUUCCAACAAGGACGGAGUUGGCGGAUUAAAAACACCAGUUGAGGAGCAAAUGUCUUGUCAGCCCUUGCACUGCCGAGGUGGAGAAUCAGGCUGGGGGACAGUGUUCAAUGUUUUGCUGCUUCUGCUGUGCGUUUUCUGUGCUACACAAUGGUCUUGAAUCUGUGGGAUCCAUUGGGAACGCCCAGAACCAUCGGCUGAGCCCCAGUGUCCCAUAUCAGGUAUCUCUGAAGCUGUCACUCUGUAGCAAUAAGAUCUCCCUGUUCCCGCUGCGUGGGACCUGUCCCCGUGCCACAGGUCACCAUCUUCCUGGGGCUUCUGAAGUGUCACUGAGCAAACAGUAAAGCCCAGCCCAGCUCUUCUGGAACAGCCCUCAGGCCUGGGGGAGAGUCUGCCUACGCUAGGCCAGAAAUGGUGAACCAAUGACAGUGGGUUGCCCUGAAAUUUAAUUUUAUCUACUGAAUGUUUGUGUGAUUUCCACUUCAUUUCAGUUCUAGUUUGGCUGGUUAGUUGUGUUUUUACUCUUGCUGUUACAGAGUCCUUUGUUUAUAACUUGAGGGAGUUUUGCUCGCAUGUACAAUGGUGUAUCCAUAGACCCUUGGGGUUUCCUGAUCUGUAGGCAGCUGAGUUGGAAUUUUUUAGAGUAUCUUCUAAAAUGAGGCUCUAAAUGGCUCAUUGAUGCACAACAUCAGCCAGUGAGUGGCAGGAUUUGACUGGCAGGAUUUUCUUCUCCCGUCGCUGUGGCAUCACUGACAGUGGGACCCGGGUAAGCAGCACAGCCUUAAUGUUGGGUAUAUUUUAGGGUGGAGUUGAUGACCACAGGCAUGUCCAACCCUUGCUUUUUACAGCCAAAGUUCCUUAAAAAGACAUUGCCAGCCUCAUCAGCCUUGAAUCCUUGUUCCCAUCUCUUGGGGGUUCUGGUGGUGGUUCUCUGCAGUGUCUGUGCAUAGGGUGGGAUUUUUUUUCCAGUGGGCUGUGGGUGGAGAGGAGGGAAUAUUUUCCCCCUGCUGUCUAUGGAGAAGGAUCUUUCCACUCAAGGGAGGAGGUAUGUGUUCUGGAAGGAGCAACAGUCUGUUUUCCAUGGUCCCUUGAAACUUAGUGGGACUUUAACGUUAUUUUCUUUAAUUCUUUAAAAGGAAAACUGGUAGUGGAUGAACUGAACCCUUGGUGGCAGGUGACAGGUCCCGGAGUAGCACACACCACCCAGGCCGUGAUGAUUGUGGUCCACGCCGUAGCCAGACAGUGUCAUGGUGACAAACCCAACCGUGGGAGAUCCUUGUUUGCAGCCAGUCUGAAAGGAGAAGCUGUUCCUCGCCCGUACGUCCGUUUUCCCAAACCUCCUCUGGAGGGGCUGAAUUCUUGUUGUUUCAUCAAGCAAAGAUUAACUUCUCCUGUCCCUCUCGCCCUCCCUCCCUCAGUAACUCGUGUGCAUUUCCCUCCUUUCUGUAGAUGCAGAUGUUCUAGGCAAUACCACAGACGCGCCCGUGGCCCCGCCCGUGAGCGCACUCAUGUCAUCUUAAAAAAUACAAAAAAAAAAUAUACAAAAAAUAUACAAAAAAUAUCUUUUUUAGGCCAGAGUUUUCUACAGGUAUUAAUGAAUAUUUUUCUUAAUCCUUAUAAGUUUUAUGUGUUUAAUAUUUCUUAAUACCGGUAGCAUUAAUUUAUACUUUUGUAGCAACACAAUAUUUUUAUAAACCGCCACCGCUGGCUUUGUCUUCAUAACGGGAAACGUGCGGGCAGCUGGCCCCGCGCUGUACCAUGUACUGUAUUUAAAAGGUUAUCUAAUGUCACACUUGCUGUGUUAAUAAACAAAACAAAACCUGUUUGAAGUCUCAUGUAUUGUUGGUGUGGAUCAAAUGACUCACUAGAGAGCAAUAUUGCACGGGGUUGAGUUGCUGAUUUUCAUUGUGAUAUACAAACGCUUGAGGCCAACUCAAGUUCUGAGGUUGUUUUUUUUUUUCUUUUUAGGAUUUUGUUUUGGUUUUUGGUUUGUUUUGUUGGGUUUUUUUUACAGCUAAAUGAAUUCAGUGCUGUUUGAAACUUAGACUGACGUCAAAUGAAAAGGAUUAUUAUAGAAAAAAAAAUCAAGGUGUUUUAAAUGUUGCUGUUUUUACAAGUCUGUUGCUGUCUGAAUGGAAAUAUUCCACAGGAGAGAAGGAAUAGUUCCACUUAGCUUCCAAAGGGGCCGAGCGCUCCAGGCCAGAGCUCGGUUAUUUGGAAAUACCUUAGAGACAUGUUUCUGCAACAUUCUUUUCAGAGUUGAUGCCAAGGCAGAAGACAAACUGUAACUGUAAGAAAGCAUCCGUUGCUUGAGGAUUUUCAUGUCAGUGUUGUAUUUAUGGUUUUACAAUAAAACAACCUUUAGG